AUGGAUGCUGUGAACACACUAUGCUACCCAGCAAAGGGAAUUAAGGUUGCAAACGGAAGGGCUGCUGGAAUGAAAACCGCACACCAGUGGCUUACGGCAGCAGGAAUGUGUUUGCUCACAGUUCUGGAGGCAAGGUCUGAAACAAGAUGCCGGCAGGGUCGUGCUCCCUCCACAGCCUCUAGGAGACGGUCUUUCUGCGCCUUCCUCCAGUCUCUGGCGGCCCCAGGGUGUCCGUGGCUUUUGACGGCUUGUCUCCUCUCUCUGCUGGUUUUCCCACGGCUGUCUUCACUCUGCGUGUCUCUGCCUCUUCACGUGGUGUCCUUUUGUAAGGAAACCAGCCAUAGUGGAUUGGGGUCCAGCCUCCUCCAGUACGACCCUAUCUUAAUUGAUUUCAUCUGCACAGACUGUUUCCCAAUAAGAUCACUUUCUGAGGUACUGAGGGCGUCCCUGGAGGCUCAGACGGUAAAGAAACUGCCUGCAGUGCAGGAGACCUGGGUUCAAUCCCUGGGUCGGGAAGAUCCCCUGGAGGAGGAUGGCGCCCCACCCCAGGAUUCUUGCCUGGAGAAUCCCAUGGGCCUGGCGAGCUACACAGUCCAUGGGGUCUCAAAGAGUUGGACAGGACUGAGAGACAAACUUUCACUGAGAACUCGGAUUUCAAUAUAUCUUUUCUUUGGGGGCAGGGGGAACACAAUUCAGCCCGCAACAAAGAUCAUCUAG